GGCGUCAAAAAAAAAAUAGGUUCUGCAAAAAAUUUAAUUACAUUUUUUUUAAUUGUUUACUGGGGCAAGUGGUUACUUCGAAGGUCCUUUGGAGUUACACCCGCAGCAGCUCAAGCUUCAGGAAGCGCAUAGAUAUAACUUUUUGUGUGGGAGGCUAAAGGGACUGCACUAUCAUGGAAUCUGCUACGAAUCUGACGGAGCGCAAGAAAUCGGUCAGCGAUUUGUCUGCCGAGGUGGAGGAGACCUCCACCGCAACCACUGGCCUGGACUCGUCGACCACCGCAAACACAACGGCCACACAACACGGCAGCGAUGAGGCCGAGGAAGACAUCUUCGAGCAGGUACAAAUGAUUCUUCGCAAGCGACGCGGCUGGGGACCGGAUGACUCUAUCAGCACCAAUGAUCUACAUUUGCUGGAGUACGACGAUGAGCUGGGCGAGGAGGACGAUGCCGGAUGCCCACUGCCCUCCACACCGGAGGACACACAGCUCAUCGAGGCUGAGAUGACGGAAGUACUGAAGGCUGGUGUGCUGUCCGACGAGAUCGAUUUGGGUGCAUUGGCCCACAAUGCCGCUGAGCAGGCCGAGGAAUUUGUACGCAAGGUCUGGGAGGCCAGCUGGAAGGUGUGCCACUACAAAAACCUACCAAAAUGGCUACAGGAUAACGAUUUUCUGCACCGCGGUCAUCGCCCACCGUUGCCCUCGUUCCGGGCGUGCUUCAAAUCGAUUUUCCGCAUUCACACGGAGACGGGCAACAUUUGGACACAUCUGCUGGGCUUCAUUGCCUUCAUUGGCGUGGCAGUUUACUUCAUUACGCGUCCCUCGGUGGAGAUCCAGACACAGGAGAAGAUCGUUUUUGGCGCCUUCUUUAUUGGGGCCAUCGUCUGCUUAGGAUUCUCAUUUGCUUUCCACACACUAAGCUGUCACUCUGUAGAGAUGGGGAGAUUAUUUUCAAAGCUGGACUACUGUGGAAUUGCGUUGCUUAUUAUGGGGUCUUUUGUACCUUGGCUGUACUAUGGUUUCUACUGUCAUUACCAGCCCAAGGUGAUCUAUCUCUCGGUGGUCUGUGUACUGGGCGUGCUCUCUAUCGUUGUCUCACUGUGGGAUAAGUUCUCGGAGCCAGCAUUUCGUCCACUGCGCGCUGGCGUUUUCAUGAGCUUUGGUCUGUCCGGCGUCAUUCCAGCCAUUCACUACAGCAUCAUGGAAGGCUGGUUCAGCCAGAUGAGUCGUGCCAGUCUGGGAUGGCUUAUCCUCAUGGGCCUUCUCUACAUAGCCGGUGCCCUGCUGUAUGCCCUACGUGUUCCCGAGCGUUGGUUCCCUGGAAAGUUCGACAUUUGGGGACAAUCGCACCAGAUAUUCCAUAUCCUUGUGAUUGCUGCCGCGUUUGUGCACUACCAUGGCAUCUCCGAGAUGGCCAUGUACCGUGUCAUGUACAGCGAAUGCACCGUGCCGAUUGAGCCUAUUACCUUCUAGAAGCUGAUGUCGAUACUGAGGAUACAAUCAUACAAUCAUAUAUACAUAGAAUCCCACACAUACGAGUAUAUUCACAUACAAAUUACUGCGACUUAGCGCAAUUUUACAAUGCAACCAUUUUUAGCGUUUGGUGAGCAUCUGUACCUUGUUAUACGAAUAGAUGAAAAACCGAUCCAUAUUCCAGACAUAAUUUACGCACAUUUAUCAUCCAAUUCAAAAUCGUUCAUUAUACAAAAGGAAAAUCUAGCAAAAGUUGAUUAUCGAAUGAAAUUUGCAGUAGAGUAAUUAAUAUAUGUACAACUAUUUAUAAAAAAUUCCAAUUUCGUUUACUUAAUACUAACUUUAGUUGAUCGAAGGGAUUGUUGCUUGGCCAGGUGGGCGGGGCAGUCAUUGCCACAUGACAUUCGCUCGGGGUUACUAGAACCUUUUGAAAAGGCAAAAAGAAGGCAAGCAAAUUCCUUUUUUUAUGUUAUACAAUUAGAUGAUCUUAGAAUCGUUAGGAUUACAAAACAAUAACAACGUUAUAAGAGGUCUAAAUAUACGUUCAAUUCGAAAUUCAAUCACACAUACUCGUAUCAGUGCUUGUUUUCACAGCAGCCACCAUCCAUCAUACACAUAUUUUAGCAUAUGCAUGGCCGAUCUAUUACCAACAUAAGCCAAAGUGCAACCAAUAAAUAAAGAAGACUUCUAAUUUGUA